CUCCCUGGCUCCCCUCCUCACUCCAGGUGAACAAGACCUUCCAGGAACUGGCUGUGUUUCAUGACAUAAAAGGCAUGUGGGAAGAGCUUAGCCCCAAGAUCUGGACCUUCAUGGAGAGCAGCCCAGAAAUGGACCUUGUCCGGACACUCCUGAACAGCAGGGGCAAUGACCACUUCUGGAAACAGCGCCUGGCCGGCUUAGACUGGACAGCCGAAGAUAUCGUGGCGUUUCUGGCCAAGUCCCCAGAGGACGUGCAGUCAGAGAACGGCUCCGUGUACACCUGGAGAGAGGCUUUCAAUGAGACCAACGGGGCGGUCCAGACCAUCGGGCGCUUCAUGGAGUGUGUCAACCUGAACAAGGUGGAACCGAUCGCAACAGAGGUUUGGCUCAUCAACAAGUCCAUGGAGCUGCUGGAUGAGAGGAAGUUCUGGGCUGGAAUCGUGUUCACCGGGAUUGCCCCCGACAGUGUCGAGUUGCCCCAUCACGUCAAGUACAAGAUCCGCAUGGACAUUGACAAUGUGGAGAGGACGAAUAAGAUCAAAGAUGGGUACUGGGACCCUGGUCCUCGGGCGGACCCCUUUGAGGACAUGCGGUACGUCUGGGGGGGCUUCGCCUACCUGCAGGAUGUGGUGGAACAGGCGAUCAUCCGGGUGCUGACGGGCACCGAGAAGAAAACCGGGGUCUACGUGCAGCAGAUGCCCUACCCCUGUUACGUUGAUGACAUCUUCCUGCGGGUGAUGAGCCGGUCCAUGCCUCUCUUCAUGACACUGGCUUGGAUCUACUCGGUGGCUGUGAUCAUCAAGGGCAUCGUGUACGAGAAGGAGGCGCGGCUGAAGGAGACCAUGCGUAUCAUGGGCCUGGAUAAUGGCAUCCUCUGGUUCAGCUGGUUCAUCAGCAGCCUCAUCCCUCUGCUCGUGAGCGCCAGCCUGCUGGUGGUCAUCCUGAAAUUGGGAAACCUGCUGCCCUACAGCGACCCCAGCGUGGUGUUUGUCUUUCUGUCCGUGUUCGCCGUGGUGACCAUCCUGCAGUGCUUCCUCAUCAGCACGCUCUUCUCCCGGGCCAACCUGGCGGCAGCCUGCGGGGGCAUCAUCUACUUCAUGCUGUACCUGCCCUACGUCCUGUGUGUGGCCUGGCAGGACUACGUGGGCUUCACGCUCAAGAUCUUCGCGAGCCUGCUCUCCCCCGUGGCUUUCGGGUUUGGCUGUGAGUACUUUGCCCUUUUCGAGGAGCAGGGCAUUGGGGUGCAGUGGGACAACCUCUUCGAGAGCCCCGUGGAGGAAGAUGGUUUCAACCUCACCACCUCGGUCUCUAUGAUGCUGUUUGACGCCUUCCUCUAUGGGGUGAUGACGUGGUACAUCGAGGCUGUCUUCCCAG